AUGACAAGUUGCGUCGCCUCCAUGAUGCAACUGACGGAUGCCAAUCUUCGCGCGCUCAACUCUCCCUCUUGCUCACCUUCCCCCCCGCCUCCCGAGAAGCAACCAGCGGCCCAGGUGCAGCAUUUAAAAAAAUGGAUCUACGCGACCCUCAAGGCAUUCACCUGGAUGGGCCCCCAGGGCUAUACGUACAUCAGAGAGGCCGACGUUGUCAUCGAUGGCCAGCAAGUCCUUUACCGAGGCGACCAAACAUCCGAGCUCGAGAGCCCGGCGUUCUGGAGGCGUCGGUUCGAGCACCUCGAUUCGAAAUACCACGCCCUUGAGCGCGCCCUACGUGAACCCGCCAAACCCGUUGUAAUCGAUGAAACGGCGCAGGUCAAGCAAGAUAAGAUUGACCAAUACACGCUUCACUUCCGGACAAAGAUGGAGGCCUGGAUUUCGUCGUUCGGCGGCGUCCAGCCUCCAAACGAGUCGCAGUGCCGUCACUCCGCCCGCGGCCGAUGCCUCGCAGCGCCCCGAGGCUCUCCGUCGUCCGGGCCCGCGCCCGGACCCAACCGCGCCGACAAAAGACAACAGCGCCAACAGAACGUCACAGAGAAUCCCACCGGCAGCGUCCGUCGUCAUCUGUCCCGCUACAGAGCAGACACCGCCAGACCCGGAGAAAUACCCAACGGGACAGAGCCCGCAAACGAGGCGAAACGAGCAAUGCCACCUGGGGCCGCCGGCUUCCAUCGCCACCAACACAUGCAUCGACCCUUGUCUUUUCUAUCUCGAGAAACCAAGCGGACGGCAAACGGGGAAAACAACUUGACUGCUACAAGCUUGGAGACACAAGUACAGCGUUACGCAGAAGCAGACGGCUCGCAAGAAAGUCACCCGAGUAUGGCCUACUGCUUGGAUGAGGAUAUGAAGUCGUUUUGA